AUGAAGAACGGAAAAGGAAAGUUUAUUUUUCACAGAACCAACCAAAUCAUGGAGGGCGUAUGGAUUGAUGACGUUGCGAAAAUGAGCUCCCUAAUUGACCUAGAGCCGCGACGACAACCAACAAAAUCAACAUACCCCAUCCCCCCACUUAAACUAGAGGCAGCGGACGACGUUUGGAGAGAUGCGGUGGAAGAAAAUAUGCAAAUCCUGCGCCGGAAGUACCCUCAGCACUUUAAAUAA